AUGAAGCUGAAUAACACCAGGGCCCACUUACCCAUCUCCCUGAACAACGGGGCCCUUCGGCUCUAUCAGAGCGGCACCUCCCUCAUCCUCCGCACCGACUUCAACCUCAGAGUGUCCUAUGACUGGAACAACCACCUGAGGAUCACUGUUCCCAGGGUCUUUUUGAACAGCCUGUGUGGCCUGUGUGGCAACUAUAAUGGGGACCCCUCCGAUGACUUCAGGACCCCGGAUGGGGACCUGGCUCCCAGUGUCACCGCCCUGGGGAAAAGCUGGGCAGUGGAAGAUGAGGAUCAGUUUUGCUGGCACGAUUGCAUUGGAGGUUGCAGGCCCUGUGCCGCCAGCAUAGCCAGAAAGUACAAGGAAGAGGCCUCGUGUGGCCUGAUAACCAAGGUCUCAGAUGGGCCCUUCAGCCAGUGCCACACCAAGGUGGAUCCUACAGUCUACUUGGACAUCUGCAUGUACGAUCUGUACCACAACAACGGCUACAGGAAGGUCCUGUGUGAGGCCUUGAAGGCCUAUGCGGAUGCCUGCCAGCUGGAGGGGGUCAGGAUUGGGGAAUGGAGGCAGCUGGCCAGAUGCCCCAUGGAGUGCCCCCUGGAGAACAGCCAGUACCAGCUCUGUGGAACAGCCUGCCCAGCCACGUGUGUGGACCAGUCAGCCCCCAGCAGCUGCCAAGACCGCUGCGUGGAAAGCUGCCAGUGCAAGGAUGGUUUUGUGCUGAGCCAGGGCAAAUGCAUCUCCAAGGGCAGCUGUGGGUGCCAGUUUGAGGGGCGUCCCUAUGCCCCCAGUGAGAGUUUCUGGGUUGACGAGGCAUGUGGGACACGGUGCAUGUGCGAUGCAGCCACUGGACAGGUUGAAUGCGUGGCUGCUAUGUGCAAACACUCAGAGAGGUGCGGGCUAGUGAACGGCGUACGGGGCUGUUACCCCUCCAGCUACGCCACCUGCUCUGUGACAAGGAAUCUGCACUAUUCCACCUUUGAUGGUCAGAGAUACGACUUCAAAGGCACCUGCCGCUACCAGCUCACAGCCCUGUGCGAGAAGGCGGAGGGACUGGUGGACUUUGAAGUCAACUUCCAGGCAAACAAUACCGCUUCUCUACAGAUCAAGGUGUAUCAGACCAACCUCAGGAUCAGCAAUCAAUUCCCUGGGAAAGUCCUGGUGAACAGUUUUCUGAUGAAUCUUCCCUUCAACCUCAUUGAUAAGAAAAUCACUGUGUAUAGAAAGGGCUGGGCCACAGUGAUCCAGGCAGACUUUGGUCUCACUGUUACCUAUGCUGGGUGGUCAGGACGCACCACGGUGACUCUGCCAGUUACCUACGCAGGAGCCGUGUGUGGUCUGUGUGGCAACUUCAACACUGACAGGGAGGACGACAUGCUCAUGAGGGAUGGCACGCUGGCACCAAGCCCAGUCAGCUUUGGCCAGAGCUGGAAGGUGGGCGACCUCCGGGGAUGCUCUGCAGUAACGAUACCCCCAUGCGCAAGUGUAGAGGCUAUUGAAAAACAACAACGAAGUAGCAGAGGGCAGUGUGGGCUCAUCCUCCACAAGAGGGGCCCUUUCAGAGGAUGUCACAGCAAAGUGGACCCCCAUGGAUACUUUGUAGACUGCGUGUACGGCUAUUGCGUCCUCAGUGGGCGGGAGACUAACAUCUGCCAGGCCGUUGCUGGCUAUUCCGAGGCAUGUCAGGAAGCUGGAGCUGUGGUGCGUCCCUGGAGGACUACGAAAUUCUGCUAUCCGUCCUGUCCCCUGAACAGUCACUAUGAAUUCUGCAGCAGCAGCUGCGAUCUGACAUGCAGCAACCUCUAUGCCCCGGUGCAAUGCACGACCCAGUGUAAGGAAGGCUGCGUGUGUGAUGAGGGCUUUGUUCUCAGUGGCGAGCUCUGCAUCCCCAUUUCCCAGUGCGGUUGCCUCCACAGGGGAUUUUACUACCAGACCGGGGAGACCUUCCACCCGAGCGGUUCAUGCAAGGAGCAGUGUGUGUGUCAGGCUGGUGGGGAAGUUGUAUGUAAGGCUUUCUCCUGCGGUGCUGGUGAGGAAUGCGGGGUGGUGGACGGCAUCCAGAAAUGCCACCCAUUUGGAUUUGCGACUUGUUCUGCCUCUGGCCAUCCCCACUACCUCUCUUUCGACGGGGUGCCCUUUGACUUCCAAGGCACCUGCACCUACAUCCUGGCCAAGACCUGCACUGAUUCCAGCCACCUUACACCAUUUACUAUCAGCGUAGAGAAAGAAUCCUUGGGCAGUGGGAAUAUGUCCAUGGCCAAGCUGGUGUCCAUCCAGGUGUAUGGGAUCACACUCACCCUGCUGCAGAGCAAACAGGGGCUCAUCAUGGUGGACGGGGUAUCCCGCAAUCUCCCCAUGAUAAUGGUCAAUGGGCAGCUCCAAGCAUAUCAGCACGGCACUAAUGUCCUGGUGCAAACUGACUUUGGCCUCAGUGUGAGCUACGACUUGGUUUACCAGGCCAGAAUCACCAUCCCAGGGACCUACCAGGGCCAGACGUGUGGCCUGUGCGGGAACUACAAUGGACAGCAGGACGAGGAGUUCCUGCUCCCCAGUGGCAGGACAGCCCCUGAUGUGGCAGCAUUUGGCUCUGCUUGGGAAGUCGAGAUCCCAGGAGCAUCCUGUACAGACAGAUGUGCUGGAAACAGCUGUCCAGUUUGCGAAGAAAAGAAGAAGGACGUCUUCAAAGGGCGCAACUACUGUGGGCUGCUCACAGACCCUGAGGGCCCCUUCACGGCCUGCCACGACGUGGUCAGCCCCAGCGUGUAUCAGAGCAACUGUCUGUACGAUGUGUGCCUGGGAAACGGGGACUCCCAGGUCCUGUGCCAGAGCAUCCACAGCUACGUGACGGCCUGCCAAGAGGCUAAGGUCUUCAUCCAUCCCUGGAGGAGCGCCUCCUUCUGUGCUGUGAGCUGCCCGGUUAACAGCCACUACGAGGUCUGCGCUGACCUCUGUACCACCACCUGCACUGGAGACAUCAUGGACUGCCCAGAGACCUGUGCUGAAGGCUGCCAGUGUGAUGAGGGCUUCCGCUUCGAUGGCCAGGGCUGUGUGACUCCAGAGAACUGCGGGUGCUUUGAACAGGGGAGAUACUACAAGCCGAGUGAGACGGUCCUGAGAAAUGAGUGCCAUCAAAGCUGCACCUGCAUUCCUGCCCGAGGGGUGACUUGCAAAGCUCACAGCUGCACCAGUGGAGAAACCUGCCAGAUCAGAGACGGCGUCAUGGACUGCAUCAGCCAAGUUAUUCCAAAGCCAUCCUGCAGUGUGGUCCGCUGCAGGGAAGGAACUAUUUGUAAGAUGAUAAAUGAGCAGCCAAAGUGUGUGCCAGUCUCUCGGGGCACGUGCAGGGCUGGGGGUUACUUUCAUUACCACACCUUCGAUGGACGGGCAUAUGAUUUCCAUGGCAACUGCACCUACAUGGUGGCCAAGACCUGCAGGGAUGCCUCCGGCCUGUCCUCCUUCCAUGUCAUGGCCAAGAGCGAGAACAGUGGGAACACACAGGUUUUCUACGUUGGGUCGGUGACUGUCCAGGUGGAUGGAGUCACUGUCACAGCAGCCAGGGCUGAAGCCGGCUUUGUGUGGGUGAAUAACACCAGGGCCCACUUACCCAUCUCCCUGAACAAUGGGGCCCUUCGGCUCUAUCAGAGCGGCACCUCCCUCGUCCUCCGCACCGACUUCAACCUCAGCGUGUCCUAUGACUGGAACAACCACCUGAGGGUCACCGUCCCUAAUGACUUCUCCGACAGCCUGUGCGGCCUGUGCGGCAACUAUAAUGGGGACCCCUCCGAUGACUUCCAGACCCCAGACGGGGACCUGGCUCCCAGUGUCGCCGCCCUGGGGAAAAGCUGGGCAGUGGAAGAUGAGGAUCAGUUUUGCUGGCACGAUUGCAUUGGAGGUUGCAAGCCCUGUGCCGCCAGCAUAGCCAGAAAGUACAAGGAAGAGGCCUCGUGCGGCCUGAUAACCAAGGUCUCAGAUGGGCCCUUCAGCCAGUGCCACACCAAGGUGGAUCCUACAGUCUACUUGGACAACUGCGUGUACGAUCUGUGCCACAGCGACGGCUACAGGAAGGCCCUGUGUGAGGCCCUGAAGGCCUAUGCGGACGCCUGCCAGCUGGAGGGGGUCAGGAUUGGGGAAUGGAGGCAGCUGGCCAGAUGCCCCAUGGAAUGCCCCCUGGAGAACAGCCAGUACCAGCUUUGUGGAACAGCCUGCCCAGCCACGUGUGUGGACCAGUCAGCCCCCAGCAGCUGCCAAGACCCCUGUGUGGAAAGCUGCCAGUGCAAGGACGGUUUUGUGCUGAGCCAGGGCAAAUGCAUCCCCAAGAGCGGCUGUGGGUGCCAGUUUGAAGGACGCCCCUAUGCCCCCAAUGAGAGCUUCUGGGUCGAUGAGGUAUGUGGGACACAGUGCAUGUGCAACGCAGCCACUAGACAGGUCGAAUGCGUGGCUGCUACGUGCAAACACUCGGAGAAGUGUGGGCUAGUGAACGGCGUACGGGGCUGUUACCCCUCCAGCUAUGCCACCUGCUCUGUGACAAGGAAUCUGCACUACACCACCUUUGAUGGACAGAGAUACGACUUCCAAGGCACCUGCCGCUACCAGCUCACGGCCCUGUGCAAGAAGGCGGAGGGACUGGUGGACUUUGAGGUCUACUUCCAGGAGAACAAUACCGCUCCUCUACAGAUUAAGGUUUAUCAGACCAAACUCAGGAUCAGCUAUCAAUUCCCUGGGAAAGUCCUGAUGAACGGUUUCCUGAUUAACCUUCCCUUCAACCUCAAUGAUAAGAAAAUCACUGUGUAUAGAAAGGGCUGGGCCACAGUGAUCCAGGCAGACUUUGGACUCACUGUUACCUAUGCCGGGUGGUCAGGACGCAUCACGGUCACUCUGCCAGUCACCUACACGGGAGCCGUGUGUGGUCUGUGUGGCAACUUCAACAGGGACAGGGAGGACGACUUGCUCAUGAGGGAUGGCACGCUGGCACCAAGCCCAGUCAGCUUUGGCCAGAGCUGGAAGGUGGGCGACCUCCGGGGAUGCUCUGCAGUAACGAUACCCCCAUGCGCAAGCGUAGAGGCUAUUGAAAAACAACAACGAGGUAGCAGAGGGCAGUGUGGGCUCAUCCUAGACAAGAAUGGCCCCUUCAGAGGAUGUCACAGCAAAGUGGACCCCCAUGGAUACUUCGUAGACUGCGUGUACGGCUAUUGCGUCCUCAGUGGGCAGGAGAGUAACGUCUGCCAGGCCGUUGCUGACUAUUCCGAGGCAUGUCAGGAAGCUGGAGCUGUGGUGCAUCCCUGGAGGACGACAAAGUUCUGCUCUCCGUCCUGUCCCCCAAACAGUCACUACGAAUUCUGCAGCAGCAGCUGCGAUCUGACAUGCAGCAACCUCUAUGCCCCGGUGCAAUGCACGACCCAGUGUAAGGAAGGCUGCGUGUGUGACGAGGGCUUUGUUCUCAGUGGUGACCACUGUGUCCCCUUUUCCCAGUGCGGAUGCCUCCACAGGGGACUUUACUACCAGGCCGGGGAGAACUUCCACCCGAGCGGUUCAUGCAAGGAGCAGUGCGUGUGUCUGGCUGGUGGGGAAGUUGUGUGUAAGGCAUUCUCCUGCGGCACUGGUGAGGAAUGCGGGGUGGUGGACGGCAUCCAGAAAUGUCACCCAUUUGGAUCUGCGACCUGUUCUGCCUCUGGCCAUCCCCACUACCUCUCUUUCGACGGGGUCCCCUUUGACUUCCAAGGCACCUGCACCUACAUCCUGGCCAAGACCUGCACCGAUGCCAGUCACCUUACACCAUUCACUAUCAGUGUAGAGAAAGAAGAUUGGGGCACCAGGAAUGUGUCCAUGGCCAAGCUGGUAUCCAUCCAGGUGUAUGGCAUCACACUCACCCUGCUGCAGAGCAAACAGGGGAUCAUCAUGGUGGACGGGGUGUCCCACAACCUGCCUGUGAUCGUGGCCGAUGGGCGGCUCCGGGCAUAUCAGCACGGUGGGAACGUACUGGUGCAAACUGACUUUGGCCUCACUGUGAGCUACGACCUGGUUUACCAGGCCAGAGUCACCAUCCCAGGGACCUACCAGGGCCAGACGUGUGGCCUGUGCGGGAACUACAAUGGACGGGAAGACGAGGAGUUCCUGCUCCCCAAUGGCAGGACAGCCCCUGAUGUGGCAGCAUUUGGCUCUGCUUGGGAAGUCGAGAUCCCAGGAGCAUCCUGUACAGACAGAUGUGCUGGAAACAGCUGUCCAGUUUGCGAAGAGAAGAAGAAGGACGUUUUCAAAGGGCGCAACUACUGUGGGCUGCUCACAGACCCCAACGGCCCCUUCGCGGCCUGCCACAGCGUGGUCAGCCCCAGCGUGUAUCAGAACAACUGUCUGUAUGAUGUGUGCUUGGGCAACGGGGACUCCCAGGUCCUGUGCCAGAGCAUCCACAGCUACGUGACGGCCUGCCAAGAGGCCAAGGUCACCAUCCAGCCCUGGAGGAGCGCCUUCUUCUGCCCUCUGACCUGCCCAACCAACAGCCACUAUGAGGUCUGUGCCGACCUCUGCACCACCACCUGCAGUGGAGACAUCAUGGACUGCCCGGAGACCUGUGCUGAAGGCUGCCAGUGUGACAAGGGCUUCUUCUUCGAUGGCCAGGGCUGUGUGACUCUGGAGAGCUGUGGGUGCUUCGAGCAUGGGAGAUACUACAAGCCCAGAGAGAUCAUCCUGACGAACAAGUGCCAGCAGAGCUGCACCUGCGUUCCUGCCCGAGGGGUGACCUGCAAAGCCCACAACUGCACCAGAGAAGAAACCUGCCAGAUAAGAGCCGGUAUCAUGGGCUGCAUCAGCAAAGAUCCCUGCAAAACCCUGAAAUGCCGGAUCAAGGAGAGAUGCAAAAUUGAAGAUGGCCAAGAGGCAUGUGUUCCUGCCUACACUGGAAUCUGCCUGGGCUCAGGGGAUGCACAGUACCAAACUUUUGAUGGCCUGAAGUUUGACUUGCAGGGCACCUGUAAGCACACCAUCACUAAAUACUGUGGCAGUGACCCUACCCUGGAGUCCUUCACCGUUGAUGAGAAGAAUGACAAACGGGGGAACCAGGAUAUCUCCUUUUGGCAGGUGACCAAUAUCUACGUCUAUGGGUACAACAUCUCCAUCUACAAGAGGGAAGUUGGCAAAGUCCGGCUGAACAGUGUGAUCACCAGUCUCCCAGUGAUGCUGAAAGACGGUAAAAUCAGACUGUACCAGAAAGACCUCAGCACCGUCCUGCAGACGGACUUCGGCCUCCAGAUCACAUAUGACAAAAAUUGGCAUGUAGUGAUCACCCUCCCCAGCAGCUAUUAUGGGGCCACGUGCGGCCUAUGUGGGAACUUCAACCAGAAUCCAGAAGAUGACAUGGCAUCAUCCAAUGGCACCAAAGUCUCCUCCAUCGUGGGCUGGGCUGCCAGUUGGAAAGUCCAAGACCGGGACCCCUUUUGCUGGGAUUAUUGCCAAGACACUUGUCCAAUGUGUGAUGAGAGCAAGAGAGAUCUGUAUGGGGAUGACAGUCACUGUGGGUUGAUCAGUAAAGCAUUGGGAGGGCCCUUCAGAGAGUGUCAGUCCAGGGUGAGCGCCGAUGACUUCUUUGACAGUUGCAUCUAUGACAUGUGUCUGAAUGAGGGGGACAAGAGCAUUCUGUGUGAGGCGCUGGAGGCCUAUGCAAAUGCCUGCAGGAAGCAUGGGGUCAUUGUUGAUGACUGGAGGACGCCAUCCAGUUGUGAUGUCUGCGAAGCUCUGAAAUGCCGGACCAAAGAGACAUGCCGGACUGAGGAUGGCCACACAGCGUGUAUUCCUGACUACAAGGGAACCUGCUUGGGCUCAGGGGACAUGCACUACCAAACUUUUGAUGGUCUGAAGUUUGACUUCCAGGGCACCUGCACCUACACCCUGGCCAAAUACUGUGGGAGCGACGCCACCCUGGAGCCUUUCACCAUUGAUGAGAAGAAUGACAAUAGGGGGAGCCAGGAUAUCUCCUUUCUGCGGGUGACCAACAUCUACAUCUAUGGGUACAACUUCUCCAUCUACAAGAGGGAAGUUGGCAAAGUCCGGCUAAACGGUGUGAUCACCAGUCUCCCGGUGAUGCUGAAAGAUGGUAAAAUCAGACUGUACCAGAAAGGCCUCAGCACCGUUAUGCAGACGGACGUUGGUCUCCGGGUGGGGUACAACAAGAACUGGCAUCUGGAAAUCACCCUCCCCAGCAGCUAUUAUGGUGCCAUGUGCGGUCUUUGUGGGAACUUCAACCAGAACCCAGAAGACGACAUGAUGUCCUCCAAUGGCAUCAAAGUCUCCUCCAUCGUGGGCUGGGCUGCCAAGUGGAAAGUCCAAGACCGGGACCCCUUUUGCUGGGAUUAUUGCCAAGAGACUUGCCCAAUGUGUGAUGAGAACAAGAGAGAUCUGUAUGGGGAUGACAGUCACUGUGGGGUGAUCAGUAAAGCACCAGGAGGGCCCUUCAGAGAGUGUCACUCCAGGGUGAGCCCCGACGACGUAUUUGACAACUGUAUUUAUGACGUGUGUCUGAAUGAGGGGAACAAGACCAUUCUGUGUGAGGCGCUGGAGAGCUACGAGGACUCCUGCAGGGACCAUGGAGUCACUGUCUAUGACUGGAGAACACCGUCCAGUUGUGAUGAAUCUGGAGAAACCUGCAAAUCCCUGAAGUGCCAGACCAAGGAGACGUGCAAGACAGAGGAUGGCCACGCGACAUGUGUUCCCGACUACGUGGGAAUUUGCUGGGGUUGGGGGGACCCGCAUUAUCACACCUUUGAUGGCCUGAAGUUUGACUUCCAGGGCACCUGCACCUACACCAUCGCCAAGUACUGUGGCCACGACCACUCCCUGGAACCCUUUACCAUCGAUGAGAAGAAUGAUAACAGGGGCAGCCAGGCCAUCUCCUUUCUGCGAGUGACUAACAUCUAUGUCUAUGGGUACAACAUCUCCAUCUACAAGAGGGAAGUUGGCAAAGUCCGGCUAAACGGCGUGAUCACCAGUCUCCCAGUGACACUGUCAGAUGGUAAAAUCAGAGUGUACCAGAGCGGCUUCCACGCCGUCCUGCAGACGGACUUCGGUCUCCGGGUGGCAUACAACUGGGACUGGCAUCUGGUGAUCACCCUCCCCAGCAGUUAUUAUGGGGCCACGUGUGGCCUAUGUGGGAACUUCAACCAGAACCCUGAAGAUGACAUGACGUCAGCCAGCGGCACCAGAGUCUCCUCCAUCGUGGGCUGGGCUGCCAGUUGGAAAGUCCAAGACCGGGAUCCCUUUUGCUGGGAUUCCUGCCAAGAGAACUGCCUGACAUGUGAUGAGAGCACAAGGGAGCUGUACGGGAGUGACAGUCACUGUGGGUUGAUCAGCAAAGCACCGGGAGGGCCCUUCAGAGAGUGUCACUCCAGAGUAAACUCCACUGAGUUCUUUGAUAGCUGCAUCUAUGACGUGUGUCUGAACAGGGGUGCUACAAAAAUCUUGUGCCAGGCGCUGGAGGCCUACGCAGCAACCUGCAGAGACCACGGGGUCACCGUCUAUGACUGGAGGAUGCCAUCUGGCUGUGCCCUGCCCUGCCCUGAGAACAGCCACUAUGAGGCCUGUGGGAACGCCUGCCCCGCCAGCUGCUCUGACCGAACUGCCCCCUCCUCCUGCCGGGAGCCCUGCGUGGAGACCUGCCAGUGUAAUGACGGUUACGUCCUCAGUGCUGACAAGUGCGUCCCCCUGGGGAGCUGCGGCUGUGACUACAACGGCCACUACUACAAACCCAGUGAGGAGUUCUGGGACGAUGAGAACUGCCACUCUCGGUGCAGUUGUGACUCCAGCCUGGGCACAGUGGUUUGCAGAAAGACCAGUUGCAAGGCCAAAGAAAGAUGCUCCGUGGUCAAUGGGGUCCGUGGCUGCCAUACAAUCAGCUACUCCACCUGCAUAGGUACUGGAGACCCUCACUACACCACCUUUGAUGGGAAAAAGUAUGAUUUCAUGGGCACCUGCAUCUACCAGUUUGCGGCUCUCUGCUCUGAGGACCCCACACUCACCCCGUUCAAUGUCAAAGUGGAGAACAACAACCGAGGCAGUAAGGCUGUGUCCUUCACCAAAAGGGUGACCUUAGAGGUCUACAACGUGACCAUCAGCUUGAGCCAGGAGCAUCCACGCAAGAUCCAGGUCAAUGGUGUCUUUGUGGACCUGCCCUUUUCCCACCAGCACAAGUUCAAGGCCUACAUCAGUGGAGUCCACGGCUUUAUCCAGACUGAUUUCGACCUGAGAGUGAGCUUUGACUGGUACAGCUACGCCAGGGUCAUCCUACCCAAUACGUACGCCAAUGCCGUCUGCGGCCUCUGUGGCAAUGCCAACCAGGACCCCAGGGAUGAUCUGACCAUGAAGGAUGGAACUCAGACAUCUGAUGAGAUUCAGUUCGCAGAGAGCUGGAAGGUGGGGGAGGUCCCAGGGUGCUCGUCUAGCUGCACCGGGGACUGCUCAGUCUGCAGUGAGGCUCAGAAACAACCCUACAAGGGAGACCAGUACUGUGGGGUCCUCACCCGACAGAAAGGGCCAUUCAGGCAGUGCCACGGGACCAUCGACCCAGCUCCCUUCUUCGAUGAUUGUCUCUAUGACACGUGCCAGUACAAGGGUCACCAGGACACUCUGUGCAGCGCCAUCAGUGCCUACGUCACAUCCUGCCAGGCCAGGGGCAUCCGGAUAGGGCAGUGGAGAUCGGCCUCAUUCUGCCGACCCACCUGCCCCCUUAACUCUCACUAUGAACUCUGUGGAAUCAGCUGCCCUUCCAACUGCAACGACCUGUGGGCUCUAGAUCAGUGUGAGAAGCCCUGUGCUGAAGGGUGUUUCUGUGAUGCUGGAUUCACCCUGAGUGGUGAGAAGUGCAUCCCUGUCGCACAGUGCGGCUGUGUGCACAAGGCCGUGUAUUACAGCAAGGGAGAGGAGUUCUACCCCAGCGCCUCCUGCCAGGAGCGCUGCCUGUGCAAAGACAAUGGGGUCGUCGAGUGCCAGGAGGCCUCCUGUGGAGCCAAUGAGGAGUGCAGGGUGGAGAACGGAGUCCUGGGCUGCCACGCCACGGGAUAUGGAACAUGCGUCGCAUCUGGUGGACCUCACUACAUCUCCUUUGACGGACGGGCCUUUGACUUCCAGGGCUCCUGCACUUACACCUUAGCCAAAGUCUGCAGCAGAGACUCUGGACUGGGGAACUUCUCUGUGGUGGUGGAGAAUGAGAGCCCUGGUGGUGGCCACAUGGCUGUGACGAGGACAGUGGUGGUGUCGCUGCAUGGUUACACCAUCGCCAUGGAGAGGGGGAGGAAGUGGAAGAUUGCGGUGGGUGGUGAGCUCUUCACCCUCCCACUGGCUACGGAUGAUGGAAAGCUUUGGAUCAACCAAGAGGGGAACAGCAUCAUUGUCCAAUCAGCGUUUGGCCUCAAAAUCUUUUACGACACUGCCUCUUACCUCCUAGUGUCCGUCCCCAGCACCUAUAAGGGACAUAUGUGCGGCUUGUGUGGCAACUUUAACGAUGACAAGAACGAUGAUCUCCUGCUGCCCGGUGUGAAGAGUACCCAGAAUGUGGAUGAAUUUGUCACCUCCUGGAAGGUGCCUGUUGAUGCUGCCACAUGCUCUGAUGGCUGUGGUGAGAAGUGCCCCGUCUGUGAUGCAGCCCAGACAGCGCCGUACCAGACUGAGAGCUCCUGUGGGUUGAUCACAGCCACCUCAGGUCCCUUCAGACACUGUCACUCAAUAAUCAGUCCUGUUGAGUACUUCAACCACUGUCUCUAUGACUUGUGUGCCACCAACGGAAGGGGAGAGACCCUCUGCCAGAGCCUGCAGGCCUAUGUGGCUGCAUGCCAAGUAGCUGGGGCCAAGAUGGAGACCUGGAGAACGGCCUCCUUCUGCCCACUCGCCUGCCCGGCAAACAGCCACUACGAGCUGUGUACCAGAUCCUGCGAUUUCACCUGUGCCAGCUUGUUUGCCCCUGCCCAAUGCACCGGGAAGUGCUUUGAAGGCUGCUGGUGUGAUCCAGAAUACGUGUCUGAAGGAGAGACCUGCGUCUCCAUGGACAGGUGUGGGUGUGUGCACAACGGACGCUACAUCAAGGCCAGGGAGAGCUUUGUCUCCAGCAACUGCUCUGAGAAAUGCACCUGCCACGCUUCAGGCGAGGUCAUCUGUGAGGAAACAGACUGUACCGAAGAGGAGAAAUGCAUGCUCAGGAAUGGGGUGCGCAGCUGCGUGGAGCAGAUGGGCCGGUGCACGCUGGCCCCAGGAAUAUGGUUCACCUCCUUUGAUGGUGUCACGAGGGAAGUCCUCCUUGAUGGGGUCUACGAAGUGACUUCCCUCUGCGAAGGGGUCAACCUCCCCUGGUUCCGGAUGGUGGUCAGUGUGUUCAGAGAAGGUGGCUUGGCCGUUCCUGAAGGCAUCUCCGUUUUCUUUGACGAGGGUCUUAUCCAUGUCAAUAAGAAAAAGGAGAUUUGGGUGAGAGGGCACCAAAGGCGGCUCCCAGUGAAGGUGUCCAAAACCUUGUCUGUAAGUGAGUCUCAGGGCACCAUCAUGAUUGUCCAGGGCUCUAGAAUAAAGAUUCUGUUCAGCCUGAGUGGGGAGGUGACGGUGACAGUCAGCGAGAGCCUGGCUAACAAUCUGUGUGCACCUUGCGGGAACUUCAACGGUGACAUCUCCGAUGAGCUGCGGCUGCCCAGCGGGCAGGUCGUGGGGAACAUCACGGACGUGUUUGAAGCUUGGAGGGCGCGAGACCUCUCAAGAAGCGAUGUUUAAAAGCCACCUGAGCUGCAAUGGACCCCUGCCCCCUUUCCCUUCCCUGCAUUGGACUGGGCUGGUUACUCAGUAACAAGUCAUAGCUUAGCACACAAACGUGUGUUCCUUCACGUAGGGUGCUCCCUGCAGCACGGAUGAGUUCAGUGGCGCUGGGUGCUUGAUGGAAAAUCUCCUCUGGACUUGUCAAUAGAGAAGUUUGCAAAGGAGUGUCUGAAGCAGCAGGCUCUGGCAUGCCUCGAGAAAUGGCUUUCGCAUUCCACUUGGAUCUGACUGCUAAGGUCCCUUCACAACAUCCUUAAAGGCCUCUUUAUGCU